CGGAGAUAGAGACCCAAUCGAAAGCGCGGUCCGACACUGUUGGAGAAUGGCGGGACCAAAGAUCAGACUUGGCUCUUAGAGACACGAACUUAUCGCGCUUUCAAAGUUCAGUCUCGCAGCACCGCAGGAGAAAAAUGUCUUCUCUACGAAGUAUUAAAAGCGCAAUGCUGGACACCGGGACUUUUCAUUUACCAAGCCAAAGCAAGCAAUGAAGCAAGCUCUGUGCAAACUCUCACGUCGUCUCAAGCCAGUCCGCUCUCCUUUACCAACUACAGCUACAGCUGCACCAUCCAAAAACCCCAUCGUUGCGCCCCCUAGUCGCACAUACGCCAACCAGUCCACCAUGGCUUCCAGCGUCUCUCCCUCCCUCAGCGGCAAGGUUGCCAUCAUCACCGGUGGCUCGAAGGGCAUUGGAAAAGCCUCGGUCAUCGCGCUCGCGCGCCUGGGUGCCACCGUUGUCAUCAACUAUUCCUCCGACGAGCAGGCCGCGCAGGACACCCUCGCCGAGGUAAAGAAGCUAGGCGCGGGCGAGGCCCGUCUCGUGCGCGCCGACGCCGGUACCGUGGAGGGUGUCCAGUCGCUUGUCAAGCAGACCGUAGACGCCUACUCCAAGAUCGAUGUGCUGGUCCCCAACGCCGGUGUGCUGCCCAUGAGGGACCUCGAGCACACCACCGAGGCGGACUUCGACCGCACCUUCGCUAUCAACGUCAAGGGUCCCUACUUUCUCGCCCAGGCCGCCGCCCCGCACAUGCCGCGCGGCUCGCACAUCAUCUUCCUGUCUACCACUCUGGCCGUCGCCUCCACCGUCAUGCCCGGCUACCUGCUGUACAACAGCACCAAGGGCGCCAUCGAGCAGAUGACGCGCGUCAUGAGCAAGGACCUCGGGCGCAAGGGCAUCCUCGUGAACGCCGUCGCGCCCGGUCCCACCGGCACCGAGCUCUUCUUCCGCGGCAAGAGCGAGGAGAUGCUCAAGACCAUCGCCAACUUCAACCCCCAGGGCCGCAUCGGCACCCCCGAGGAUAUCGCCGAGGCCGUCGUUUUCCUGUCACAUUCCUCCUGGGUUUCCGGACAGGUGCUCCGAGCUAAUGGCGGUAUGGCUUAAGUAAGGAUGAAAUCCAAAGCACCUGCAGGGGGAGACAUCAGUCACGAAGAACCUGAAAGGGAUAUACCCAGAUAGCCGUAGCCAGACAUUAACAGUAUAUUUUCUUCCUCGAGAACUAUGAAUGCCCCCUGCCCAGUUUGUUAUGUGUCAUGAUCGUAUUAACUGUUCUUUUCAGGGGGUAUAGAAUACCGUAUUCAAGAAUAGAAUGCAUAGACUUAGGCACGAGCUUAUCCUUUAG